AUGGGCCUCGCUGCCACACUCCAGUCUCGCCAGCCCCCAGCCAGACUCUGGGGCCAGGAUGCAGCCCUCAAGGCUGAGGUGUGGGCCAAGCAGGUGGCCUCUCACUCCACCUUUGCCCAGGGCCUCCUCAGCCCUUCCAGAGCCAGCUCUGGCACCUGGCUGCUCAGUUUCAUGUUUGCCUCCUCGGUGCUGGAGUACCCAGCCUGGGAGGUGUCCUGCUGCAGGAAUGAGCCCCAUCCUUCCGUCUACCCUCUGCCCCAGGGUGAGGAGAGCGGCCAGAUCCUGGCGGGGACUGAAGGGGACAGCUUCCCACUGAUGGAGAUCAACACUGGUGAGACCGAGGCCUCCGAGCAGUGGGAUUACGUCCUUGUGGCUGACCACCGCACCCAGAGAAAUACCAGGCAGGCCCACCAGCAGCAGCAGUUCCUGGAAGAGCUCAAGAGAAAGGGCUUCCAUUAUAAGAUGAUAGAGGACCACAAGAAGGUGUUCUUUGGGAUCCGAGCAGACAGCAGGAUCUUUGACCUGUACUGCACACUCCUCAUGGAGCCUGAGGGUCCUGCCACCAGGGUGCAGCCUGCCAGGCCAUUCUCCGUCCCAGCCACCGCCAGAAUCCGAAUUGUCAACUUUGUACUAAACAGCAAGGCGGCAGCUGGUGGCACAUUAGAGGAUUUGGUGAAGAGUGGGGUCUUUGAGACCAGAUUCGCCCUGCACAAGGGGGAGGAAGACCUAAAGAAGAAAUGGGCCCGGUGGAGAAACAUGUUCCACCCCCAGCCGAUUGAUGAUAUCAGGGACUACUUUGGCGAGAAGGUGGCCCUGUACUUCGCCUGGCUCGGCUGGUACACCUACAUGCUUGUGCCCGCUGCACUGGUGGGCCUCAUCAUCUUCCUGAGCGGCUUCUCCCUGUUCAAUGCCAGCCAGAUCAGCAAGGAGAUCUGUGAGGCCCACGACAUCCUCCUGUGCCCUCGCGGCGACCACAGCCGUAGGUACCAGCAGCUCUCGGACACCUGCACCUUUGCCAAGCUCACGCACCUCUUCGACAACGAGGGCACCGUGCUCUUUGCUAUAUUCAUGGCUCUGUGGGCCACGGUGUUCCUGGAGAUCUGGAAGCGGCAGCGGGCCCGUGUGGUCCUGCACUGGGACCUGUACGGGUGGGACGAGGACCAGGAGGAAAUGGCGCUUGAGCUCAUUAACUGCCCUGCUUACGAGCUCCGGCCACAGCAGCACUCGUACCUGAGAAGCACCAUCAUCCUCAUGCUGUCUCUGCUCAUGAUCUGCCUUAUGAUCGGCAUGGCCCACCUCCUGGUGGUCUACCGUGUGCUGGCCGCCGCCCUCUUCAAUUCCACCUUGCUCUUCCAAGAAGAGCAGGUGACCACAGCUGUGGUGGUGACCGGGGCCCUGGUCCACUACGUGGCCAUCCUCAUCAUGACCAAGAUCAACAAGUAUGUGGCCCUGAAGCUUUGUGAUUUUGAGAAGCCCAGGACCUUCUCAGAGCGCGAGAGCAAGUUCACCGUCAAGUUCUUCACUCUGCAGUUCUUUGCUCACUUCUCGUCCCUUGUCUACAUCGCCUUCAUCCUGGGCAGGAUCAACGGUCACCCUGGGAAGUCUGUGCGCCUGGCGGGGCUCUGGAAGCUGGAGGAGUGCCAUCUCAGCGGCUGCAUGAUGGACCUGUUCCUGCAGAUGGCCAUCAUCAUGGGUCUGAAACAAACACUCAGCAACUGCAUGGAAUACCUGGGCCCGUGGCUGGCUCACAAAUAUCGCCUGAUGCGGUUCAAGCUGAGCCGCGCAUCGGGGGACCCUGAGCUCAGGCACUUGCAGUGCAACUACCUCCUGAACCCAGUCAACACCUUCAGCCUUUUCGACGAGUUCAUGGAGAUGAUGAUCCAGUAUGGCUUCACGACCAUCUUUGUGGCUGCCUUCCCACUCGCCCCCCUGCUCGCGCUCUUCAGCAACCUUGUGGAGAUCCGCCUGGACGCCAUCAAGAUGGUCAGGCUGCAGCGGCGGCUGGUGCCCCGCAAGGCCAAGGACAUAGGGACCUGGCUGCAGGUGCUGGAGACCAUUGGCGUGCUGGCCGUCAUUGCCAAUGGAAUGGUCAUCGCCUUCACGUCUGAGUUCAUCCCCCGCGUGGUGUACAAGUACCACUAUGGACCGUGCCGACAGGGGGCCCAGCCUGCGGUCGACUGCCUCACAGGCUACAUCAACCACAGUCUGUCUGUGUUCUACACCAAGGACUUCCAGGACCCCAACCAGAUAGAAGGCUCAGAGAAUGUGACUAAGUGCAGGUACCGGGACUACCGCAACGCUCGGGACUACAACUUAUCUGAGCAGUUCUGGGUCCUCCUGGCCAUCCGCCUGGUCUUCCUGAUCCUCUUCGAGCACGUGGCUUUGUGCAUCAAGCUCAUCGCUGCCUGGUUCGUGCCUGACAUUCCUCAGUCGGUAGAGAACAAGGUUCUGGAGGAGAAGUACCAGACACUCCGGGAGAAGAUGUGGUAUGGGAGGCAGAGGCCAGGCUGGGGUAGGGCCAGGCCCCAGACCUGA